GUGCAUAGGGCUGCGACGCUGCAGGCGGCGGCCAUGGCGGAGCUGGACCCGACCGUCCAGCAGGCCGCCGUGUGCGCGGACGAGCGCGAGGACGGAUCGCUCCGCGCGGAGCUCACAGGGCCGCCGGUGCUGGAGACCCCCGUGCUCGCUGAGCUGGCUCGGCUGCCUAGGCACAGAGACGCGAUGGGGCGCGGCCUGAGCCUGCUGCUGAGCGCCGGCGGCAGCCUUGCAGCCGCCGCCCGUCUGGGCGCGCACGGCGCCGGUGCCAGCCGUCGGCGCCUGGCCCGCACCGUCGGAUGCCUGAGGCUCGCGCGGCCUGCGAAGCCGUGCCGUGCAGCUGGCCCGUCGCCCGCAGGCGCGGACACAGCCUACCUGCUGGCGCCUGCCUCGCGCUCGCG